CUUAUUGUUCUACUACAUGGUUGGUCCACAAGCAGAAAUUUGCCAAGGCAUGGACAAAUCAUGUGAUGCAUUUUGGAACAACAACAAGUAACAGGGCUGAAGGUGCACAUGCCAGCUUGAAGUUGAUGUUGCGGAACAGUAAGGGUGACCUGGCCACAUCAUGGGAUGCGUCGCAUAGUUUGACCACCAAUCGCCACACUGAGAUAGUAGCAUCGUUUGAGCGCAGUAUGAAUAAAAUUGAUCACCUUUUCAAGACCCCUUUCUACACAAAUAUUAGGGGAUUUGUGUCAAUCAAAUGCCUGAAACUCAUUGAUGCUGAACUGACAAGAAUGCGAGCCUGCGGCGGCAGAUGCGAUUGCUUAUUGAGAGAGACUCAUGGACUACCUUGCGGUUGUCAACUUGCAUAUUAUGAGAGGAUUCCGUACGAGGCCAUUCAUCCAUUCUGAAAGAGCCUAAGUUGGGAGCAUGUACCUGUUGCAGAUACUGGCAGCUCAGAUAUUUGCGGACUAAACCAUGGAGAGAUGCACCCAGAAGUUGAGGCACUGACACGUUACUUCCAUUCUUUGGAUACUGGAGGGCAGAGUAUGGUAAGGAGGAAGCUUCAAGCGAUAUAUUGUCCUGAAAGGAGUACACCAUGUACUCCUGAGCUUCGGAUAAAGUCCAACCGCACUCCUAAGUUGAAGGAGAGCAAACAACCCAAGGGUCGAGCAAUAGGAUCCUUGACUCGUGAUCCUUCAGCGUUUGAACUUACUGACAAGAAGAUUAAAGAGGAAAAGAAGUCUUCACAACCAGCAAAGAGGAAGAAGCGUGUGAAGAAGUCUGAUACAAGCCAUUUCAUGUGUAACUUUCCAGCCUUUCUCUAUCCAUAUAUUGGCACAAUUACAGAUGUUGAGGAUGAUGGUAACUGUGGCUAUAGAUCCAUUGCUGCAUUAAUGGGGCAUUCCGCCGGUCAGGACGGUUGGCCUUGGGUUAGGGCUACAUUGAUGCAAGAACUUGAGACCAAUGUGUUAAUGUAUAAUAGGAUGUGGGGCACAGAUGUUGUUUAUGGCUUACAUAAUCGUCUCACUCUUCCUAUUGGUGACCCGGCCACCCCUGACAAAUGGUUUCAACUGCCAGAGAUGGGAUACCUUGUUGCCACAAAGUACCAAUUGGUUCUCGUAUCCUUAUCCUCUAUGGGUUGUAACACAUACUUUCCACUGAUAGGAGCCGGCCCACGAGAUGAGCAUUCUGUUAUAGCUAUUGGACAUGUGAUAAAUCACUGGGUACAGCUCCAAUUAACUCCUGGACAUCCUAUGCCGACUAUUGCUCCCCAGUGGGAUUGGCACGCUGAUCUUGCCUCCAAAUACUGGCGCAACCUAUAUGGUCCACGUUUAGGCAUGUAUGAUGCACAAUUCCAAGCUUGGCUUGGUGCUUUUAGUGGUCAUGCGGACUAUGUGGACAUCACCACAGAUUGAAUGUUCUUGUAUUGUGUAAUAUUAAUUUGUAAACUCUCUGUAAUUUGGUAGAAUGUGGCCCUUAUCACAGGUUGUUGUUAAUGAUGAAAACCUAGACAUCAUCGUAGAUUGGCAGGUUCAUGCGUGUACUUUUGGUAAUGUUAAUUUGAUGUACUUUUGGUAAUGUUAAUUUGAUGUACUCUUGU